GGAGUGCAGUCCCUUAUGGAUAGGCUCCAGACACCCAACACCACCAGCGACACUGUGGGAAAUGAGUGGCUGGUGGCUCUAACCAAGAGAGCUGAUCCAGCUGAGUUGAAAACAAUAUUUUUGAAGUAUGCGAGUGUGGAGAAGAAUGGGGAAUUCUUCAUGUCUCCUAAUGACUUUGUCACACGGUACCUGAAGAUAAUUGGGGAUGGUUUGCCAAAUGCAAACACUGUUCAGCUCCUUGCAGGUGUGGUGGAUCAGACAAAAGAUGGGUUGAUAUCCUUCCAAGAGUUUGUGGCAUUUGAAUCAGUCCUGUGUGCUCCAGAUGCGUUGUUCAUAGUAGCCUUUCAGCUAUUUGACAAGACUGGCAAAGGAGAAGUUACUUUUGAGGAUGCUAAGCAAGUUUUUGGCCAGACCACGAUUCAUCAGCACAUUCCAUUUAACUGGAAUUCAGAGUUCGUACAGCUGCAUUUUGGAAAGGAUAGAAAAAGACACCUAACGUAUCCAGAGUUCACCCAGUUUUUACUGGAGAUACAAUUAGAACAUGCAAAACAAGCUUUUGUGCAGCGAGACAAUACUCAGGCUGGAAGAGUCACAGCUAUGGACUUCAGGGACAUUAUGGUCACUAUCCGACCACACAUGCUGACACCAUUUGUUGAAGAAUGUCUAGUUGCUGCUGCUGGUGGUACCACUUCUCAUCAGGUCAGCUUUUCCUAUUUUAAUGGAUUUAAUUCUCUCCUUAACAACAUGGAGCUCAUUAGAAAGAUCUACAGUACUCUGGCUGGAAAUAGAAAAGAUGUGGAAGUCACUAAGGAGGAGUUUGUUCUGGCAGCUCAGAAGUUUGGUCAGGUUACACCCAUGGAAGUAGACAUCUUGUUUCAGUUAGCAGAUUUAUAUGAGCCACGGGGGCGUAUGACAUUAGCUGACAUUGAAAGAAUUGCUCCUCUGGAGGAAGGAACGUUGCCCUACAACCUGGCUGAGGCUCAGAGACAGAAAGCUCCAGGUGAUGUGUCUCGACCAGUCCUCAUCCAGAUUGCAGAAUCAGCGUACAGGUUUGCCCUUGGUUCAGUUGCUGGAGCUGUUGGAGCCACUGCAGUCUACCCAAUUGACUUGGUAAAAACUCGUAUGCAAAACCAGCGCUCUACAGGAUCUUUUGUGGGAGAGCUUAUGUAUAAAAACAGCUUUGAUUGCUUCAAGAAAGUGCUUCGCUAUGAAGGUUUCUUUGGGCUUUAUAGAGGUCUGUUACCACAGCUAUUAGGAGUAGCACCAGAGAAGGCCAUAAAACUCACUGUUAAUGAUUUUGUGAGAGAUAAGUUUAUGAGUAAAGAUGGCUCCGUCCCACUGGCUGCAGAAAUUCUUGCUGGUGGCUGUGCUGGAGGUUCUCAAGUGAUCUUUACCAAUCCACUAGAAAUUGUCAAGAUUCGACUACAGGUGGCUGGAGAAAUUACUACUGGCCCUCGUGUUAGUGCCCUCACUGUACUACGGGACUUAGGCUUCUUUGGUCUCUACAAGGGCGCUAAGGCGUGUUUUUUGCGUGACAUCCCCUUCUCUGCUAUUUACUUCCCCUGUUAUGCUCAUUUGAAAGCUUCAUUUGCCAAUGAAGAUGGAAGAGUCAGUCCUGGAAAUCUGCUCUUGGCUGGGUCAAUAGCUGGUAUGCCUGCGGCCUCUCUGGUGACUCCUGCAGAUGUCAUCAAAACAAGGCUACAGGUAGCAGCCCGGGCAGGGCAGACCACUUACAGCGGGGUUGUAGAUUGCUUUGUGAAGAUCCUUCGAGAGGAAGGUCCAAAGGCUCUGUGGAAAGGAGCAGGAGCUCGUGUGUUUCGAUCAUCUCCCCAGUUUGGUGUAACUCUUGUGACUUAUGAACUACUGCAGAGAUGGUUUUACGUGGACUUCGGGGGAGUAAAACCAGCUGGAUCGGAGCCAGUUCCUAAAUCCAGGAUCACGCUCCCUGCUCCUAACCCUGACCAUGUUGGUGGUUACAAAUUGGCAGUUGCCACUUUUGCAGGGAUCGAAAACAAGUUUGGACUUUACCUACCUCGGUUUCAGCCAUCACCACCUACCUCAAAGGCUGCUGCAGCAGUAGGACCCUAAGCUUAUUGCUGUAGGCUUUUUGUUAUUAGUUGGGAAAGAGCCACUUUUCUAAUUGGUUAAUACUUUUGUUCCUUUAGCUUCACAUCGUAUAACAGUUUGGCUUCAUUUAAGGCAGUUCUCAUCUUAAACGUAAUCAUUUGUCUUUGUGCUUCCUUAACCAGAUCACUGUGAGAUUCUUACCAGUCGUUUUAAGUUUGGGACCAUGAAUGUAUCUGUCCACAUCUGACAUGAGCUUGUGUUGGGAAGACACUAAUUUUAGGUUCCAUUUAUUGGGGAGGUUUGGGUGAGAGCUGUGAGCCAGAUCAUCUUACAGACAGUGCUCAGUUGCAGAUUCCCAGGGUGGAUGUCACACACUGUCACUCAAAUGGCAGAAAAACUCAGUGGAUAUCACGGUGCUCAAAGCAGAAUGAGUUUGAGUGCACCUGUGAAUUGGUUCUCAACUUAGUGCGUGUCUGUAGAGGUCAGCAAAUACACCCCUGGUACCGAAGUCUGCCAGUACAGCUUUGACUUUUUAAAUAUGUACACGCACAAGUUCUGUUUCUGGAUUGUGUUAUGAAGCUUUUAUGUGGAACAUGUUUUUGUAAUGGAAACCACAUUUAUAAAUGUUUAGCUGUUGUAUUAUGUUACUAGUAUCAAAAUGCUCAAAAGAAAGUGUUAUUGUCCAUAGUCUUUGCACUUUAUGGCAGUACUUUUGGCAUUCUACUACACGUACAAGGAAAUUUCAUAACUAGGUGCCUAUCUUGGGUUGCUGGUGUUUGGAAUUCAGUUUGUAUAUGCACUCUAGUAAAACGCUGCUUGUUUAAAUAGCUGCAAUAGAAAAUUCAUGCACUGUAUCAAUGGUACCUGCCUUAACUGCUGGCUUGUAAUUGGCAAAUAGGUGGUUUCAGAUUCUUAUUUACUUCAUUGAGUCCACAGAGAUUAAAAUACUCUAAAAGAAAAGAUUUUACUUAAUUUUUGGUGCCUUGCACAGUGUUUAGAAAAUUAUGUAUUUAUGAAGAUAGUAAUAAACCUUUCAAACAGAUGCACAUGUGGUAUUCUGUUAUGGAAAUGGGAUAGUACAUCCAAAGGCUUGUUCAACUUCAUUUAUAAAUUUAAGUUAAAGAUAAAGCUGAUAUUCAGGUGUUUGGGCUAUAAAAACAUCUGCAGUUUGAGAACGAAAUUACCUGUGUCCGUGUGCGUAGAAAAGACACGCAUUGGUGUAGAUGUCGUACAAAAAAGACAUUUUUCUUCAGUCAAAAAGCAGGAUUGAAGUAGGCCUUUCUGCUUGCUUUUUCUGUUUUUCUUUUUUUUCUUUUUAUAGUCAUAGAAUCACAGACUGGCUUGGACUGAGCUGGAAGGGAUCUUAAUGAUCGCUUAGUUCCAACCUUCUCCCAUCGUGGCCAGGGACACCUUCCUCUAAAUCAGGCUGCUCAGGGCCCCAUCCAAUCUCUGGCCCUGAACACUUCCAGGUAUGGAGCAUCCACAGCUUCUCUGGGCAGUCUGUGCCAGCACCUCACCACCCUCCGAGGGAAGAAUUACUUCCUAACAUCUAUCUAAAUCUCCCUUCUUUCCAUUUAAAGUUGUCAUUCCUUGUCCUAUUACUUCAGGCCCUUAUAAAAAAGUCUUUCUUUAGCUUUUCUGUAGGCCCCCUUUAAGUACUGGAAAGCUACAGUGAGAUCUCCUCAGAACCUCUUCUCCAAGCCGAACAAGACCAGCUCCCUCAGCCUGUCUCCAUAGACAGAAAUAUAAAGUAUGAAAAUGCUCUGGAUUUUUUCAGCCCCGUGUAAAGCCGUGUGAUUAGCAUGGAAUGCUCUGAGCAGUACUGGCACGCACGCUGGCAUCGGCAGCCACAGCACGACAGUCGGCAGGGAAGGCCGCUCCUCCUCUUCCUCUAUGCCGCCAGCUCCACCGCCCCCUCCUCCUCGCUGUCUGCCCGGUUGGCGCGGAUCUCCACCAGGGUCCGAGCGAAGCGCGUCCAUUCGUCGUUGUGCGGCACUGCCAGCUGCGGAGAGACAGCACAGGGAUGACAGCGCGUGGCCGGCCAUGUCAGCCUGCAGCGCUGCCCCAUCCCGGCACAAAGCCACUCUUCUCCCAUCCAGCUCCGGUGGCAGAGAGAAAAGCUUCUCUCUCUGCAGGAUUCUGGGGAGGAGUGCUUUGCUUAAGCAUUGUCGCAGAACCCCUCUGUUAACCUUUCUGAUUUUCCAAACUACCCCAAGCUUGCUCUCUGUGACACAUCUAUAUGCAUUUCACAGCACACGCAUGGCCAAGAGUAAUUGUUUGCAGGACCGAGGUCAGUGUGUACAAGGUAACAGUGCUUUUACAAUGCUGUACUGAAACCAUGUUCCUGAAGUUCAUUAAAGCUCUUAUUAAAAUAAAUAUAUUCUGCUA